AUGCAGAGGCCAUGCCUCUGGUCACUGGCAUGGCUGGUUAUAUUGCUCGCAGGAUUCGCUGAGGCCAGUAUUGGCGACUACUUGCCCGAGUUCAAGGACUGUGUCAAGCACUGCAUAGACGCGAACUGCAACGACAAUGGCCCGACCAUUCCCCUCCAACACCGCCUCCUACUCUGGACCUGCCCCGCUGAAUGCGACUACACCUGCCAGCACAUCAUAACCGACCAACGCCUCGCCCGCGACCCUCCACUCCGCCAGCCAAUCGUCCAAUACCACGGAAAAUGGCCCUUCUACCGCUUCCUCGGCAUGCAAGAGCCCGCAUCCGUACUCUUCUCCCUCCUCAACUUCCUCGCGCACGAUUACGGCCUGAGCAAGAUCCGCACGCAAAUACCGCAGAAAUACACCCUCAGAAAGUACUAUGUGCUGUUCUCAUACUUUGGCAUGGCGAGCUGGGUGUUUAGCAUGAUUUUCCACACGAGAGAUUUCAGAAUCACGGAAAAGUUGGAUUACUUUGGCGCGGGUGCGAGUGUCAUGUACGGCAUGUAUUAUACGCCGAUCCGCAUCUUCCGCCUCGACAGGUCGGAGAACGACUCGGGAAAAGGAGGCACGUUAUUGAGGGUGUGGACAUUGCUUUGCGUAACGGGAUACCUCCUACACGUGUCCUACCUGUCGUUCAUACGCUUCGACUAUACAUAUAACAUGGCGGCGAACGUGGUGGUGGGACUGGUACAGAAUAUCAUGUGGACGUGGUUUUCAGUGCAUCGAUUCAGGAAGGUGGGAAGACUGUGGGCGGCGUGGCCUGGGUUGAUUGUAUUUUGGAUCUUGUUCGCAAUGAGUUUGGAGUUGUUUGAUUUUGCGCCUUGGUGGGGGAUGGUGGAUGCGCAUGCUUUGUGGCAUUUGGGAACGGUCGGGCCGACGGUUUGGUGGUAUAAUUUUCUUCUGAAAGAUGCGCAGGAAGAUAUACAGGGUGCGAGAUUGAAGCAAUAGUGCAUCUACCUGUAUACACGGACACCAUCAUUCA